UCAACACUUCCGGAACAUUUUCAUAUCAGUGGAGGCGAACUGAACAGGGUUCUGGGAGGCAUAGCUUGACAUAACCUUAGCCAAAUUGACAUCGCGUCCUAGUUUCUGGCGUAAUUGUCACUACACAAACGGAAAAUAAAUGCAUCCAGGAUCACAUUGAAAGAUACCUGUGAAAGCUCUCGCUUCCCACCCCAAUGUCAAGGUCACAGUGACAGGGGCGGGCAGAGGCAGAGCCCGGUGCCCCGGCUCCUUUGCCCAGCUGCAAAGCAGCCCCUGUCAGGUAGCACACCCUCCCAUUCCCUCUCCGGUCCUCUGGGGGCACCUUGAGCCAUGGAGCACCCAGGGGAGAAAGAGGGUGAGCGACCGGCGCGCAGCAGCAAGGCGGGUCAGGGGCGCAGCGGGCACUCGCGCCCCUCGGGAUCAGGCUCCUCCGGAGUGCUCAUGGUGGGGCCCAACUUCCGUGUGGGCAAGAAGAUCGGCUGUGGUAACUUUGGAGAGCUGAAGCUAGGGAAAAACCUCUACACCAACGAGUAUGUUGCAAUAAAAUUGGAACCAAUAAAGUCAAGGGCACCACAGCUGCAUUUGGAGUACCGGUUUUACAAAACAUUAGGCAGCACAGAGGAGGGUCUUCCUCAGGUCUUCUACUUUGGGCCCUGUGGGAAAUACAAUGCCAUGGUGUUGGAGCUGCUGGGUCCCAGUCUAGAAGACCUCUUUGACCUCUGUGACAGGACCUUCUCUCUCAAGACCGUUUUGAUGAUGGCUAUUCAGCUGCUCUCCCGGAUGGAGUACGUCCACUCCAAGAACCUCAUCUACCGAGACGUGAAGCCAGAGAACUUCCUCAUCGGGCGGCAGGGGCACAAGCAUGAGCACAUCAUCCACAUAAUCGACUUUGGCCUGGCCAAAGAGUACAUCGACCCCGAGACCAAAAAACACAUCCCCUACAGGGAACACAAGAGCCUCACAGGGACCGCCCGCUACAUGUCUAUCAACACCCACUUAGGAAAAGAGCAAAGUCGACGGGAUGACCUGGAAGCCCUGGGCCACAUGUUCAUGUAUUUCUUACGAGGGAGUCUGCCGUGGCAAGGACUCAAGGCUGACACCCUGAAAGAGCGAUACCAGAAGAUUGGCGACACCAAGCGCAACACUCCCAUCGAGGUCCUCUGUGAAAGCUUUCCAGAAGAGAUGGCCACCUACCUGCGCUACGUGCGGCGGUUGGACUUCUUCGAGAAGCCCGACUACGAGUAUUUGAGGACUCUGUUCACCGAGCUGCUUGAGCGCAAAGGAUACACCUUUGACUACACCUACGACUGGGACGGCAGACCGAUUCCUACUCCAGUGGGGUCUGUCAACGUGGACUCGGGUGCAUCUGCCAUCACGAGAGAGAGCAACGCUAACAGAGACAGACCCUCUCAGCAACAACCCCUACGGAACCAGACGGCAGUAUCAGACCGCAGAGGGGCAUGGGAUGCACAGCCCCACCAGCAGACAAACUCCUCCUACCUGAGCAGCUCCCACCUGGCCGCAGACAGGCAUGGGGGCUCUGUGCAGGUGGUCAGCUCCACCAAUGGGGAGCUGAACGCCGAUGACCCAAUGACGGCCCACUCCAACGCACCUAUCACAGCGCAGGCCGAAGUGGAGGUGGUGGAAGAGGCCAACUGCGUGAAAAUGCUCAACCUGUGGUGCUGUUGCUUCUUCAAGCGAAAACGGAAGAAGAACACUCCACGGCAGAAAUGAGCUCCUGCUACCCUGUCCGGUGUCGCUGAGCGGGUUUGGUUUUAAGGAAACUAAUGAAAGGACAUUUCUGGGAGGGAGUUGUGAGAGAGACUUGUUAUUAAAAGACCUGGAACUACUAUACACAUGAAGACCUUUCUUUUCUUUCCCUCUUGGUGACUGAAUGGAUGAAUGACUAAAUUUGACCUUGGACCUUUCCUCUGGAUACCAGACGAUGCCUGAGGACAUCUCUUCAUCUGCCCCAGUUUUUUUCUUUCUUUUGCUCAAGUGUAGAUCAAAAGUCAAGUCUUCCUCCCUCCCUUUCUCUUUGCGGGCGUGAGGAGACCAGUCUAUAGACCCCAACCAACUUUUUCUUUCUUUCUCGCGUCUCUCUUCUCUUUCUCUCUCACCAAACCCACUCCCAUCCACAGUAAAAGCCGGUCUUAAGCUGUCCCUUUCUUUGCUUUUUGUCCAUGCAUAUUUAUGUCUGUACAUACAUACAGUACCAGUCAAAAGUUUGGACACACCUACUCA